AUGAAGCCACAGCGAGUGACGCGCGACGUCGCCGACGUAAACAAACGGCUCGUCGGACCAAUCGGCGUCGCCCUCGGCGCUGACGCGUGGGCUCUCGCCGACCAAUCGCGCGUGCCGAGGGAGACGAUUGACGCGCGUCCUUCAGCCCCGGGCGGCAGCAACAGCAGCGGCAACAGCGGCGACAGCAUCGGCAGCGUCGUCCGAGGCAGGGGAGGAGACGGAGCCAUGAAUUCGUUGCGAGAUUCGAUCUGGCUCAAGAUCGCCGCAGGGGUUGGCGGCGUGACGCUCGUGGGGCUGCUGGCUUACCGCGCGUGGCGCGCACCGCCGGGGCGGUGCUGCGCCAAGACGUGCUGCCGCAUCAACCCCUCCAUCGACAAGGAGAACCCCAAGGUGGUGCAUGCGAUGGACACGUCCGACCUGGGCAACGAGUCUGCGUUCUGCCGGUGCUGGCGCUCCAAGAAGUUCCCUUAUUGCGAUGGGACACACAACAAACACAAUGAGACGACGGGAGACAACGUUGGGCCGCUCGUCAUCACGGUCAAGAAGAGCUCAUAAGCCCCUCCCUUUCUUCACAAGCCCCUCCCCUCCAUCGUUCCUUUCAGCCCCAGACCCCUGUAUUACUUGAGCCAAACACACAAGUGUGAAACCAAAUACACGCUCUCUCCUACUUGCUUUGCACCAGUAGUUCUGCGAGAAACCUUGAGGUCCACAAAGCGCAAGCAUUGGUAUAGAUUCAUGCCACUGCUUCCACAUUUAUCACUACACAGCACUUCCCACCGUACUUGGGCCUGUGGAAUGCGAAAGCGACGCUAAUAGCUUCGCAGUCUUGAGGAAGGUUGAGAACCGCUGGUCUCAGCCUUCCCUUUUUAACCAGGUCCCUUUGAUGCUGCCUGUCGGAGUCCCUCCUCCACAGGCUCUUCCUUCCCAAUGGAUUUUCUGUCUAAGGCUAAGCCACACCUCUCUGCUUUUAUGUGCCUUAGUUGCCUUGAAUUGUGUUAGGUUUAGGCCUUAAGGUGAAUAGGUCAGUGGCUUACAAACGCUAGCAUUUCCACGAACAAUGUCACAUCGGUUCAGAUUUCUGUCGGCCCAUAUUUCCAAUUACACAUUUUUUUUUAUUAAAUAUGAUGGCAAGUGUUAAUCCGCUUCUUGUUUUUUUGUUAACUUAUUUAUCCAGGAAGCCACACUUAGUCAUAUGACUCUUUUUCAGGAGGGUCCUUCCUUCUGAAGCUAGAGCACAGAUUAAGGAGUGAAAUUACAUUUGAAACAAAGGCCUUAGUCUGAUUGGCUCAUUAAAUGUGCAUCCUGGCAUUUUCAAUCAAUUAUAAAACUGAAAGAGAGCAUGUAUUAAACCGUAUUGGCUUGGUGGAUAGCACACACAUGAUUUAAAAAAAUGUAUAUUUAAAGCAGGGGUACUAUUGUAAUACCAGUGGCUGGAAUUAGUUUUGCAGCAUCAUCAGA